UCAUACCUUGAAUAAAUUAUAUAUUUUUCAGCAAUGCCAGUCCAUUCGCCGUUUCCUUCUGUCGCAAUACCGGUACAAGAUAGUGUAUCUUCUUCGGAUUGGCCCAAGCGAGACUUGACAGGCUAAACGGCGAGGAUUACCCACUACUCAUCGAUGGCAGCACCGGCAAGCCCUACAAUUUUGCUGAUAUCAAGCAGAUGUCAACGGCUAUUGCACAUGGCCUGAAGCACAGGGGAUUUAUUAAUGAGCAGAGCAAGCACCAGAGCCCCGAUGUUGACAUUGACGGUGUCGCCAUGAUGUUUUCGCCUGCGGAUAUCGGAAUGAGUGCCAUUCACUACGGCACGCUGAUGGCUGACGGCACAUUUGCGCCCAUAGAACCGAGUUUAGACGCGCAAUCACUGAGCAACCGUCUCGAAUGCCUCAAUGCCAGCGCAGCAUUUGUGACUAUCGAGCUUCUUCCCACUUUGUUAUCUGCCUGCAAUUUGGCCGGCGUGUCAAUCAACGAAUCUCGCAUUUUCAUCACUCAAGGAAACAUCUCGGGAUACACCUCGCUUGCUGAUCUUAUUGGCGAGCAUAAGGGCUUGUGUGUGGAGCCGCUGAUUCCUUUAAUGUCCGAGCAAGAGCUGGCACGUAAGGUGGCGCUGAUAUCGUAUUCCUCAGGGGCAACUGGAAACUCCAAGGACAUAAUGCUGACUUGCUGCAACAUUGUCACCACACAGUUGCAAUUUGAUGUCUACAUGGCGCAGCAUUCUACAGGCAUAUACACUUCAUCCAAAGAACAUCCUCGCUACCUGCUGUGAUCGCUGCCACCUUGACAUACUUUUGGGCUGAGCGUGCUCUUGUAUCACCCAUUGAUUUCGGGGCUACGCCUGGUGCAGCUCUGAGUUUAACCCCGCAUCGUAUCUCGCUGCUAUUGACAAGUUUGAGG